AGCCGAGGGAGAUGGCGGCCUAGCCUGCGUGAGUGCUCCUCCUGCUGCAGAGAGGAAACCUCAGCCUGGGCCAUGAGGGGGCCACUCGUCCAUCAUCUGGUGUGGCUUGGUUAAUCUGACGCCCCUGCUGCAGCCCGGGGCCCGGGGCAGGAGUCAAGCCCCCGUCGGCAUGCGGCCCCGGCCCUCCUGGAGUUGACGGGGCGCUGCUAUGGCUUCCUUGGAUGACCCCGGAGAAGUGCGGGAGGGCUUCCUGUGCCCGCUGUGCCUCAAGGACCUGCAGUCUUUGUCUCAGCUGCAGUCGCACUACGAGGAGGAGCACUAUGGGGAGGACCGCGAUGUCAAAGGGCAAAUCAGAAGUCUUGUCCAGAAGGCUAGGAAAGCAAAGAACAAGCUGUUGAAACGAGACGGUGACGAUCGAGCAGAAUCAGGGACCCAAGGAUACGAGUCUUUCAGCUAUGGCGGAGUUGAUCCUUACAUGUGGGAACCCCAGGAGCUUGGUGCUGUGAGAAGCCAUCUUUCUGACUUCAAAAAGCACCGAGCUGCCCGAAUUGACCACUAUGUCGUUGAAGUCAAUAAGUUAAUAAUCAGGUUAGAGAAGCUCACUGCAUUUGACAGAGCGAAUACUGAGUCUGCAAAAAUUCGAGCAAUAGAAAAGUCCGUGGUGCCUUGGGUCAAUGACCAGGAUGUCCCUUUCUGCCCAGACUGUGGGAAUAAGUUCAGCAUCCGUAACCGCCGCCACCACUGCCGCCUCUGCGGGUCGAUCAUGUGCAAGAAGUGCAUGGAGCUCAUCAGCCUCCCCUUUGCAAACAAGCUCACCAGUGCCAGCAAGGAUUCCCUGAGCACCCACACCAGUCCCAACCAGUCGCCCAACAGUGUGCACGGCUCCCGCCGGGGCAGCAUCAGCAGUGUGAGCAGUGUGAGCUCGGUCCUGGACGAGAAGGAUGACGAGCGGAUCCGCUGCUGUGUGCACUGCAAGGACACACUGCUCAAGAGGGAGCAGCAGAUGGACGAGAAGGAACGCACGCCUGAGAUCGCGAAGCUCUACGAGAAAUUGCAACUUUGCAUGGAGAAGGUUGACCAGAAGGCCCCCGAGUACAUUAGGAUGGCAGCAUCGUUAAAUGCCGGGGAGACGACCUAUAGCCUGGAGCAUGCAAGUGACUUACGACUGGAGGUGCAGAAAGUGUACGAGCUCAUAGAUGCUUUAAGUAAGAAGAUCUUAACCUUGGGCUUGAACCAGGACCCUCCACCACAUCCAAAUACCUUGAGGCUGCAGAGGAUGAUCAGAUACUCUGCGACACUUUUUGUGCAGGAAAAGUUGCUUGGUUUAAUGUCACUGCCAACCAAAGAACAGUUUGAGAACCUGAGGAAGAAAAGGAAGCAGGAGCUGGAGAUGAAGAGGCUCAAGGAGAGACAGGUUGCCCUUGAGUCCCGGCAUAAACUUCAGGAAAGGCACAACAGCCCGAGCUCCCGGAUGGCCAAUGGAGAGCUGGCUGCUCUCCGCGGGGGCCUUGCCCCUCUGAGAAAGGCUGAGGGCUGGCUCGCACUGUCAGAGAGUCAGGGGCAAACUGAAGACCCCGAUCCGCUCCUCCAGCAGAUCCGUAACAUCACGUCAUUCAUCACGCAGGCGCAGGCUGCCGGCCGCAGCGACGAGGUACGUACGCUGCAGGAGAACCUGCGGCAGCUGCAGGAUGCCUAUGACCAGCAGCAGACCGAGAAGGCCAUCGAACUGUCCCGGAGGCAGGCCGAGGAGGAGGACCUGCAGCGGGAGCAGCUGCAGAUGCUCAGGGAGCGUGAGUGGGAGCGGGAGCAGGAGCAGGUCCGGGCCGCGUCCCUGCAUGUGCGCACUCGGUCCCUGGACUUUGGAGAACUUGGGCCUUUCCAGCGGGAGUCCGGCCGAGAGCCUCGCGCCGCCCCGGAGCGUGCUCUGGAUCUGGGCCCCUUCUUAGAGCAGAGCGGCGUGGCUCCGAAGACCUCUUCCCCCAGCCCAGCCUGGGAGCCCAGCCACGGCCAGGACUUCCUUCCCCCGGCCUCCACAGCGCAGCCACACGAGGUGCCCUCCCGGAACCCCUUUGAGGAGGAGGAGCUCUCCAGCUCCAUGGAGGAGGACACUGCCCUCCUUCCUGCCGCAGCAGCUUCCCUCAGCCCUGCUGCAGCAGCUUCCCUCAGCCCUGCAGCCCGCGGCCCGAAAGAGUACAAUCCUUUCGAGGAAGAUGAGGACGAGGUCGUGGCAGGGAAUCCCUUCACCAGCCCAGACAGCCCGGCCCCCAACCCCUUCGAGGAGGAGGAGGAUGGGCCUCCCCCGCUGCGGCCGGCAAGCCCUCCUGGCCCCGGCAACCCCUUUGAGGAAGCUGCCGGCCCCAACCCCUUCGAUGUGGACAGCGACAGCGGGCCCGAGGCCGAGGAGUGCAUAGAGGAGGAGCUGCUGCUGCAGCAGAUCGACAACAUCAAGGCCUACAUCUUCGAUGCCAAGCAGAGCGGCCGCCUGGAUGAGGUGGAGGUCCUGACGCAGAAUCUGCGGGAGCUGAGGCGCACGCUGGCCAGGCAGCAGGGCGGCCCUGCCUGAGCGUGGCAGGAGAAGGGCAGGUGGGGCUGCUGGGGAGCAGGGCGCACGCUAACUCGUGGCCACAUUCUGACUGCUUUCUGGAGUGAGUUCGGAUUCCUUCAUUGCCUUCUGGGGAAGAGCCUGUGGAGGGUAGGAAUGGCUGAACUCAGGGUGGAUGGGUCUGGGGCUGCAGCCUCAUUUCUGCAGCAUCUACUGGGGCUUUCUCUGCAGAGGUGUGGGGGCAGGGAGGGGGCCGGGCCUGCAAGGACCUUUGGCCUCUGGGUUCUAGUCACAAACUGGGGAGUGAGUGGAUUGGUGCCGCCGGCCUGCCCUUGCCGGUACGGUGGCUCUGGGCAGCCAAGGCAGCAGUGCCCGAAGUCACGCUCUGCCUGCCAUGAGCUUCACGCUCCUGCCUGGCCCCCUGGCCCCCUCGCUGGAAAGACAGCCCUCAUUGGCAAUGGGGCAGUUUUGGGGGUUGAUGCUGCCCGCCACCCAAGCUUUCCUCCUCAUGUGGUAUGGCGCUUUCCUGAAAGCAGCCCCAGGCAGCCAUCUGUGAGUGAUGAGCAGAUGCAUGAGGGGCGCACCAGCAGCCUCUGUCAGAGUGCUUGACACUGACGGGAUACACUGACGCAAACUGCCAUCCCUGCGGCUUCGUGGCUCUUCCUCCGGCUGUGUCUGCCUCUGCACACUCUGCUGCGCCGCCCCCGUGUAGACAGCAGGGCAAGCUGGCCUGUGCGAUGUAAACACAAUUCCAGGUUCUUGCCUUAUGGAACCGUUUACUCACCUGCAGUCCUUCAAGGCAGCCCACUCUGUGCCCUGUUGGAUGACCACCCUUGCUGUGGCAUCGGCAGGCCCCCAGCCGGAGGUCAUGGUCCCACGCAGGAGAGGGUGGCCAUUCAGGCCUCUCCUGAAGCCGCUUGUCUGCCUUCCCUUCCGCCUUGUUCGUUUGUAUUUUCCCGAUACGCUAAGGACACUUGCUCAUUGUGCUUGCAGCUCAAUGUGUGGUUACUAUUCAAUUACUAAAAUGUUCCUGCGUCAUCGUGA